GUCAGUGAUCACGUCACGUGUUUCCUACUACUAUUUGCUGAAGUUUGAGAAAAGUUUGACAAGCCCGAGGAGCGUCGACAGAGAAUAUCCGGGGAUCAGAAGACUCUGACGGACACACAAACUUACGGUCCCUGUUUCCGGAGCAACUAUGGAAGCUGUCGCCCAGAAAGUGCUCACUUCCGGAUUCACUCUUGACUUGGGGCCCCUGAAAGAGCCGUUGGCGUUUAUCCGUUUGUUACAAUGGGUGUUCUCCAUAUUUGCCUUCGCUACGACUGUAGGUUACAGUGGCACAACCAGCAUCAACGUCCAGUGCAAAGGGAUUGCGAUUAGUGAAGUACACGCAGCGUUUAACUACCCGUUCAGGUUGAUGCAGCAUCCCUAUAAUGUUCCGGACUGUAAAGUCAAUCAGACCACCACCACCACUCCUUACUUCCUGACAGGAGACCACUCAUCCUCGGCAGAGUUUUUCGUCGCUAUUGGAGUAUUGGCCUUUCUUUACUGCACUGCCACCCUAGUCCUCUACUUGGGCUACCAGCACUUGUAUAGAGAAUCUAGUCGUGGUCCCCUCGUGGACCUGUUGGUGACUGCGGCCUUUGCUUUCCUGUGGUUGGCAUCAUCGUCUGCUUGGGCUAAAGGCUUGACUGAUGUCAAGUUUGCCACCAGCCCUUCAACCAUUAUACUUAUUCCUAAUGUCUGCAAGGAUUCCAUCACCACGUGCACCCAGGGCGCGAUGCCUCACAUGGGCCGACUCAACGCUUCAGUGAUCUUUGGUUUUCUUAACCUCAUCCUGUGGAGCGGUAACUGCUGGUUCAUUUACAAGGAAACACCGUUCCACAAAUCUGCCGAGCAGCCUGCAGAUGUGGAGGGGGCUGGUAGGCCAACGUAACUGCACAGCGUCCUCAUCUCAAAAGUGUCUACCAUGUAGUUUUAUUGAAAGUGUCAUUUAGGUACUAAUUGUUAGGAUAAUACUGUAGAACGUAAGAUACACAUUUCUAAAACCAACCGCCUCUUUUUUUUGCAUGGUAUUAAUUUUAUAUUUACGGCGGUGUAAUGUAAUUUCAAACGGUAGUAGACUUUGACUUAUUGGACUGAAAGCUACACAGGAAGUUAUACCAGUGGGGGAAAAAAAUGUAUUCUCAUAAAUGUUUGCAUUUUUUUAACACACACACACACACAUAUAUAUGCAUUGUUUGCUUAACUGCAGCAUCACUUUGUCAUCAUCUUAACUUUCAACACUGUUUCUCUACCAUAUUUUUGUUUCCAAACACCAAAAAAGUCUGGGUUUUGAGUGUCAGAAUAACAAAAUACCAAAUGAAUAUAAAAUAGUUGAAGUGCAUUUUUUGUUGACACAAUAUAGCCCGGAGACAAAAUUGGAGACACUCUUUCUGUUUAAUCCUAAAAUUUGAAAUAGGCAUCAAAAAUUCGUAGAUGCAAUGAUUAAACGUUAAAUAAUAUUUUUUUAAAUGAUUAAUUUGCCCUUAUGAGAUUAUUUAUAAUGUGUCCACGCAGUUUUAUUUCAACACUUUUGUGGCCUAGUCAUUUUACUGUUGUGAAAUUAGACAAAUAGCUGAAUGUCAUGUUUGUGGUGCAUAUAACUGUUAAGAGCAUGAUGGCUCUCUUUUGUUUGUUUAUUUACAUUUAAAGUUACUGCACUUAUUAGCUAAACUGUUUUUUUUCUGGACAGGAUUUGUUUUAUUUGUUCAGUUCAUGUUUAAAUCAAAGGAAAAAAAAACGGAGGUUCCCGAAAGUCUUACAGAAUUUGAAUACAACUGUUCUACACCCUUAACUAGCUGGUUACUGUUUAGCAGAGUUUAUAAAAAACUGAGUGAUUUGUACUAACUGCAUACUUUUGUUCUAUCUUGCUUUAGCCUGGCUUCUACCUCCACAUUGUUACAAGGGAAGGCAAGCUGUUUUCCCUGUUAUUGCCAUUUUUUCUUAUUUCCUUCUCUGAUAAAGCCUUGUUUGUUUAACAGUUCAAGUGUGCGCCUUCACUGUGUUGACCAAAAUGUCACAUUGAAGAGACGGGAGUUCUUAUCACAAUCCAUGAAUCUACAGUGUGGACAUUAAAUACAGUGUAUCAUUAAAAAUUAAGAACUGUA